AUGAAACUGCUUUGCAUAUUCGCCGUAUUUCUUGCUAUUUCGUUAGCGGACGAAAUAAAGCCUGAAGAAAAUAUUGAGAGCCUGCUUGGAUUGCCAUCAACGGAAGUCGAACCUAAACCAAUCGUCAUAAGCGAGACGCCAAGAAGAAAAAUAAAACGCCGCGUUGUGCGACCAAGGUUCUACGGUUCAAACACUCCUCAGAACAACUACAACCAACCACAGAACAAUUACAACAACCCCCAGAACAAUUGGUCAAACAAUCAGGAUACCUGGAACAAACCAGACCCUCAGAACAACUGGUCAAACAACCAGGAUUCAUUGAACAACGGUUAUCCUUCAAACAACUGGGAAAAGCCCACCAGUGCGCCAGUCCAACCUGCUUGGACCACAAGUGCUCCGGUACAGUCCACAUGGCCUCAGGCUCCAGCAUCCACUUCUUCAACCACUACACCUAUCCCAGUUAUAAAGAACGAACACACGAUUGGUGAUAAUGGAAGCUACAAAUACGAAUAUGAAAUCGCUGACGGCACUCACGUUAUGGAGGAAGGUUAUGUGUUAAACCCCAACACUGAGAAUGAAAUUGUAGUGAAAAAGGGCAUGUACUCAUUCAAGGCUGCUGAUGGCAAAAUAUACACAGUUACCUACUGGGCUGACGAUACUGGUUACCACGCAACUGGUGCCCACUUACCAACACCCCAUCCUAUUCCAGCAGCGAUUCAGGAAUCCCUUGACGCCCAAGCUGAAGCUGAGAAAAAUAAAGAGCAAGCGCUUAACCCACCUAAGCCAAUCAAACCACCAACCCAAAUAAAACCCCAGCCCCAACCUCAGCCAAAGCCACAACCCCCACAGAAAUACCCCAAUCAAGAAUCAACCUACCCCGGACAACAGCAAAACUGGCAACAAGGCUAUCCUAACCAACAACAAAACCAAGGUUAUCCUAGCCAACAGCAAAACCAAGGCUAUCCUAGCCAACAACAAAACCAAGGCUAUCCUAGCCAACAACAAAACCAAGGCUAUCCUAGCCAACAACAAAACCAAGGUUAUCCUAGCCAACAGCAAAACCAAGGCUAUCCUAGCCAACAACAGACCUACCCUCAAGAACAACCAAACUUCUACCCUCCUCAAUCAUAUGGAAAGUAG